AAGAAAAUGGAUGGUGUCGUCUCAGAUCUUGAGCUUGAUUGCUCUGAAUUUGUUGAAGUUGAUCCCACUGGCAGAUAUGGCAGAUACAAUGAAAUUUUGGGAAAAGGGGCUUCAAAAACAGUUUACAGAGCAUUUGAUGAAUAUGAAGGAAUUGAGGUGGCUUGGAAUCAAGUGAAACUUUAUGAUUUCUUGCAAAGUCCUGAAGAUCUGGAAAGACUUUACUGUGAGAUUCAUCUUUUGAAGACAUUGAAGCAUAGAAAUAUUAUGAAAUUCUAUACUUCUUGGGUUGAUAUUGCCAAUAGAAACAUCAAUUUCGUUACUGAAAUGUUCACUUCCGGCACUCUUAGACAGUAUAGGCUGAAACAUAAGAGAGUUAAUAUUAGAGCAGUGAAGCAUUGGUGCAGGCAGAUUUUGAGAGGGCUUCAUUAUUUGCAUAGCCAUGAGCCUCCUGUAAUCCAUAGAGAUCUCAAGUGUGACAAUAUCUUUGUUAACGGGAAUCAAGGGGAAGUUAAGAUUGGUGAUCUUGGACUUGCAGCAAUCCUCAGGAAAUCUCAUGCUGAUCAUUGUGUGGGGACCCCUGAGUUUAUGGCUCCAGAAGUGUAUGCAGAGGCGUACAACGAAUUAGUCGAUAUAUACUCAUUUGGAAUGUGCAUUCUGGAGAUGAUAACUUUCGAAUAUCCAUACAGCGAAUGCACACAUCCCGCUCAAAUCUAUAAGAAAGUCAUAUCUGGGAAAAAACCAGAUGCCUUGUACAAAGUGAAGGAUCCUGAAGUGCGGCAGUUCAUCGAUAAGUGUUUGGCUACAGUUUCAUAUCGGCUCUCGGCAGCAGAGCUUUUGAAUGACCCUUUUCUUCGAACUGACAAUGGCGAAUAUGAUCUAAGACCUGUCGAUUAUGGAAGAGGAUUGGACGAUGUUUGCCCUCUUAUAAGACAGCCUUAUCUAGAACUUCAUAGAAGUGACAGCUCCUUUUGUACUGGAUAUCCAUAUGAUUACAGCUUUGAAGCUUCAAGUGAAUCUGGUUAUCAUCCAAUUGAUAAUGGAAUUGAACUUUUUGAGUAUUGUGAAGGUGAACAUUCUGAGGAUGUUGAUAUUAGCAUUAAAGGGAAGAUGAGUGAAGAUGGUGGCAUCUUCUUAAGACUUAGAAUUGCAGAUAAAGAAGGGCGUAUCAGGAACAUUUAUUUUCCAUUUGAUGUCGAGACAGAUACAGCAUUGAGUGUUGCGACAGAAAUGGUUGCGGAGCUAGAUAUGACAGAUCAAGACGUGACAAGAAUUGCUGAUAUGAUCGAUGGAGAAAUUGCUUCCUUGGUGCCUGAAUGGAGGCCAGGUCCGGGAAUUGAGGAAACGCCCCGCUUUGCAAACCAAAGCUAUUGUCAUAAUUGUGCUCCUUCUACUUACAACAGUGCUUCAAAUGGUCUUAUGUUGAGAAAUCAUGAUGGAAAGAACUCAGAGGUAGCUCAAUGUUGUGGACAUCGAUAUGCUUCUAUGCAUGGUCGUUUUGAGGAGAUAAUGUAUCAUGCUGACGAGCCAGAGCAUCAUACAGCAGAGGAUGCACCAAAUGUGUCGAGCCAUCCUGAUGGGCUGAGUUAUCCUGAAAUAUGGGGACAUCAUGAAAGCCGUGAACUUAGUUCAAUGAGCUCACGACAAAGCCAUUCAGAUGAAGAUUACGAGAAAACAGACCGACCAAUUACAGACACAGACACAAAAGAAAUUAUCAUGGAAAGUAAAACUGCUCCUAAUACGAGACGUACGCUUAGGAGCCUGAUGAAUUCUCUUUCUUUCUCAGAAACCCCUUCUCCUCCCGAUAUUAAUGAGAUUGAUGUCCAACAAGAAAUGAGAUGGAUUAAGGCCAAGUACCAAUUAGAAUUAAGCAAGCUCAGAGAUCAACAGUUAAAUCUUUCUUCAAAAUCUUCAAGUUCUGAAGACAGACAACAAAAAAUGGAAAAUGCAACUCCUAGAGGCAACCACAACCAAAUCCUUGACAGUUCUGGUCGAGACAUGAACCGAAGUAGUACUGAUAGCCAUGUUUAUAUCAAUAAUAGCUGUUACAGUACAGACAUGCCCAAGCAAAGGUCUCGAAAUCGCAAGGCUGUGGAGUCCUCUAUUGUGGAUAAAGUUGUCACUGCUAAAAAUGCCUGCAAUGGUUCGUUGCUUCCAAGCUCCCUCCAUAGAACAAUCUCUCUCCCAGUUGAUGCUGUUCAUAUAUAGCAAUGUAAGAUCACUCCUUGUAUUCUUUUAUGUAUUCUAUACACUUGAAUCAAAUCAAAUAAAUAUAUCACAUUUACCA